AUGAAUUCAACGACUCUAGUGUUGAGUGGAACAGUCGUGAGGAGCCCUACAACUUUGACGGUUCUGGAGAUCAAAACUACUACGUCCGUCAUUGCCCCAGAAAACAUUAAUGCAUCUCCUGAAGGCCUCACAAUCCCCAAUGUGAUUGUACUGGCCACAACAGAGGCAGUGGCAAUUGACAGUGCGCAGGCUUCAGAGGCAACCACAUCAAGCCAAGAAGGAAUCCCAUCCAGCGCGUCACGCACAGAUCUGAAUGAUGGAAAGCCAACUGGCCAGGGAGAUUCAUCGGAAAGAUCGCCGGACGGACUCAAAGGCGGUCCUGUCGCUGGAGUUGCCAUCGGCUGCCUUGUUGCUGGCCUUGCUUUGGGACUCAUAGCAGCCUUUCUACUAUUCCGGAGACGGCGGAGAGCCAAACCAGCAAACCAAGGAUUUGUUUUAACAGAUCAAAGAUACACGGAACCCAAGGAUGGCACGCAGGUCAUAGUUUCAUCGUCCACGCACGAUGCUGAACUCAGCCAGUUUCUUCUCGAGGCAACUCCGGACAAGGACCUCCAAGCAGAGCUGCGCUCACUAUCCGAACUCGUUUAUCAGCACGUCGAGAACUAUUACCGUCGACCCCAAGUCCAGGCCGACCCUGCUGAGGUGGCUCAGAGCCUCAUCAAUAUUGGCUACUCACCAGAAGCGUCAGGACUGCAGGCAGACACAGUUGCUGCCAUUUGCCUCAGCCCCAAGACCUCUCAAGUUGGACUCCGUCAUGCCCUCUCGCAUGUCAUCUUUCGGAGCCUCGAUUUCAAUUCUGGCAGCAGCUUGUCCAUGCUUCCACCAGAGGUUGCAACACUGACGCAAAGAAGCCACUCGGCUGAAAACGCAAGCAAUCCUGCCAUCAUCUUGGCGCGUUCAAGGUGGCGCACUCUCUCUGCUCUGCUUCUCCAUCCUAACCCGGACGAGAGAACACCACUCCCGGUGUCAGUGACAGAAGCUUCCCCUAUGGCUCUAUCUCUUGCGAAGGAGCUAAACCAGUUCUUGGGGGUGUUUGUUACACAAGACACUGCUGGCCUACAGGAUCAGAUGAACCAUCUGCAGGCUGUCAUUCUUGAGUGUACCAAAUUGGGCUAUGUCGUUCUAUCGCAGCCGAGUGACUGGGGGUUUGUUUUUAGCAACAGUACAUCCGUUACAAAAAGCCGUAGGAUCGUGGUGUGUCCUGGCUUGGAAAGGCUCAGCCAAAACGAUGGAACGAGGUAUAGAUCACCCAAGGAGAUAGUAGCACCUGAGACUGUGAGUUUGUGA